AUGAAGAUUAUAUUCAAGGGUAAUGAGAUUCCCAAGGAAAUCAUUUUUGGUUACACAAAGAUCCAGGUGAGACAUUUCAUACCAUUCCAACAAUGUUUCCGGUGUUUCCGAUACAAUCAUUUUGCGCAACACUGCAAGCAGAACUUUGAAUUAUGCAGAUCCUGUUUCGGACGCCAUACGGCAGAGGAACAAUGUUUGAGAAUUUCGUGCCCUAACUGUAAGGGAGAACACCCCCCCACCCACAAGGAUUGUCCGGCUAGGGAAAAGGCGUAUGCCAUAAAGAAACUGAUGACCAUAGAGAACCUAAGCGUGAUGGAGGCUAGAACCAGAUUCUCUAGCAUAUUUUCUAACAGAUUUUCAUUAUUGGAAGAUAAAGAAGAGGAAUUUCCGGCUUUAACUGUAACUUCAAAAACUAAUAGGAACCAUGUUGACAACCAUCAAGAGGCGGUGGAGUCUUUGUACAAAGUGAUGCCUUUUUCAAAAGUGGUCAAGUCAAACAACAACAGACGCAGAGAGGAAGCCAACAACAGAAAGACUUGGCAGGAAUACAGGAAGGUAUUGUCCGAUCACGCAGUUCAUUUCACUCAUGGAAACAUCGAGGCGGACGACUUGACAUUACAAUCCAAGACUCAUAUGUCAUCCCAGGCCAAUUUCAGUUCUGAAUCAGGAAGUCAGAACAAGGCAAUGGAAGUACUCACUGGAGUAUCAAUGGACACAGCUUCGGCCAUAACGAAUUGGUCGAAUAUGAAAUCAAACCCGGAGCUAAUUCGAAGAUUACUGAUAGAUCUAAGGGAAAGAAUAAACAAGGGAAUGAACUAUAUCGAUGUAGAAAGAAUCAACAAGUCAAUAAUUGAGGAUAAUUACUAA